AUGAAUGAACUAAUAUAUAAUAAACGAGAAAAUUUUAGGGUUCAAAUAAGAAGAUAAUCUUUGCAUAAUUUAUUUUGUUAGAAGCGGGUUUUAAAGUAAGAGAUGAAGAAGUUGAUUUCUGAGUUGGAUUCAGAAAAAGAAAAGAAAAUUCAUGAACAGAAUAGUGUAGAGAAAUCCAAAUAGAAAGAUUAUGAUGAAACGAUCCAGGAAUAUUUAUUUUAAAUAUUUAAUCAAGACGAUAUUUCAAUUGCUUUUAGUAUAGAUUUAAUCAAUAAAGUCCUAAAUAAUUAGGAUUUAAGGGAAUUUUUUGAAGAUAACAAGAAAUAUAAAACCUUGCUUUAAAGUUUCUUAGUGAAAAUGUAACAUAAGUUUUCAUAAUCAACAGAAAAACAAAAAUAUGAUCAAUUAUUGUUAACAAUCAUUGAGUCGGAUCUUUUAAAAUUAUCUGAUUUAAAAUAAUCUUUUACAUAUUGUUGCAAAGAAUUUAUUACAUAAGGCAUAACUAUUGAUAAAGCAUUAUUUAUUAGUAAAAUGAUGAAAAAAUUUCAAAAUGCGAGCGAAUAUUUUUGGAAAGAAUUAAAUGAGUACCACAUUACAAAUCAAUGCGCUUGGUCACUCAUUUUACAAUUUUUAAGGGAAAACCAAUAAUAAUAUGAUAUAAGUAAAUUAUUAAUUUCGAUGAUUUUACUCUUAAUGUAAAUUGCUAAACCAAAAAUAUAUUAAAAGAUUGUCAACGAUGAAUUAAUAAUAACUUUGCGAUAAAAUUUGUAUGCAAACGAAUCAUAAGCAAUCAAAUCUUUGGAAUGCUUUAAUUAUAUAUUUUUGUAAGGAGAAAGAGAGAAGAGAUUUCUGCCUUUGAUUAUUGAUGCCUUCUUAGAUCUUCUUCUUAAUAAUCCCUAUGCAUCGUAUCUAAUAUCUAUAUCUAUUCUGGAUUGCUUGGAAUUAGUCUCUUCAGACUAGAAUUUUGGUUCAUCCUUACUCAAUAACUAGGAACUUAUGAAUUGCUUGGUUUCUAUGUUGAACGAUGAAAUUAUGCAGGUCAACGAAGUUGUUCUAAAAUUUCUCGUAUGUUAUUUAGGAUAGUGUAGCGAUGACUUUAUAAUUAGAAUAAUAGGGGAUAGUAAUUUUCAAAAUGUGGUUGAAGAUUUAACAAUUAGUCUAAAUAAUAAGGUUUAAAUAUAUGCAAAAAAAAUUAAAAUGAUUUACUUCGACUGA